CGGCCUGUUGAUGACCCUCUCCAUUCCCUUUGUUCCCGGUGGCAGGCAACGGGACGAGAUGGAUACGCGCUAACGAGAUCGCCGCCGUCAAGGUUGCCGAGGAGAAGGAGCAUGCGAUCGAUUCUCACGAUGUCUUUUUUGGCGGUUCUGCAAUUGUCUGACUUGUGCGCUGACUCGAGGCGUGCCAUGCACUGGUUCAACCGAUUUGGAGUAUAGUCGGAGGUAGUUAUGAGGUAUGUUUCUACCCGCUAUAAGUAUCGGACUUCAUUUCCCUCAAUUCCUUCCGUCUUUCCCCCUUCAUCAUGACCUCCCUAUUUUCCCUUUCUCCUCGCGCACUUCGCGACCUUUUGCUUGCCUUCUUUCGCCCAACGAACAUUGACGAUACCUCCCGUCCAGUGCAGCGACUACCUCCAGCCUACUCUCGCACACCUCGCUUACCCCUCGAACUCGUGCUAUGCAUUAUGGAAGACGCAUCUGACGGCGAAGGCUUCGAACAUGCCGCACUGCUCCGUCAGUGCGCGUUGGUAUGCCGGGACUGGUCACUCCCCGCUCAAAAGCUACUAUUCCGCACCGUGCAUCUGGUCACCGAGGACGCCUGUGCCUCCUUCCUCUCCGCAGUGCACCCGCGCACGGCAGCAGGCCGUGUGUUGGGCGAGUCUGUCACUCAGCUAAGGGUCGUGUUGGACUAUAAUCAACCCAAGGGUCUUUCCGAGACUUCCUUCGCGCACGCGGUUUGCGCGUGCCCGAAUCUUCUCAGCCUCGACCUCUCUGUCUACGGGUCGACAUUUCCAGGAAAGGAAUCUACCGGUGUUGCCGACGUGUUACGUGUGCGGCGCUCAUCACCUUCGUUCGAGGAGAAAACUCUCGAGUGCCUCAAGGCAGGACCUCGCAUUCGCGCAUUCCAGCUUAGCAAUUGGUCCGAGAACCACGAGUCCGUCUUGCGACUCUUUGAAGUGUGGCCAGAGUUGAUCUCACUCGCUCUGAGCGGGUCCACGCCGACGGACGCACCGGGCUGCUGGCCGCCUUCUCAGCUGCGGGAGCUUCGCAUGAACUUCCAGGCUUCGCCUUCCAUCGAUUUUGUCCAGUGGCUUCUACAAGAUUCUGUCCUCGACGUGCUCGAGCUGACGCGCGACGUCUCCCCAGAGGUGAUGGACUUUCUGCUCGACACGCAGGGCCAGACACUACACUCAUUGGCACUGCCUGCCUGUUCGACUGCUGUGCAAGUGCAGACGGUGCAACGCUGCCCUGAUCUGCGUUCGUUGAGGACUGAUCAGCCGCGGGCAGCGGCAGUGCUCUUCAAACCUGGCUACUUCCCAUCUGGGCUGCGACGCAUCGCACUGGCACUGGAUCAUGACGGGACGUUUCUGCAACCGUUGCUCGAUGUUGUUCGAUUGAGAAGGGGGGAACUGCGGGGCAUCACGCUCCGGAUGUGGAAUGGGGCUGAACGCAACCCGCACUUGUCGGCGCUCAAGCUGGUCUGCGCGUAUCAUGGCAUUGAGCUGGAGAUGAUCAGAGAUGCUCGGGUCUUUCGUGCGGCCAUGAGGAACGGUUUCGAUGCCACUGAUGCAUGGAAUCGAGCCAGUCUAGACCAUUAGUCCAUGGCCUGCCUUCUUCUACCAAGUUCACGAUCUCUCACGACCCCCUCACGCGCCAUUGUACAUCACCCCACAUCCAUCUGAGCUUCCAGUACCUCAUCCUAUCUCGAUCCCAUUCUAUGGAACCGGACAACCUACUAUUUGCUUUAUUCCCAUUAAUCUCUGAUUUAAUGCUUCUAUGACUUUUCGACACUUCGAAUAGUCAACGGAUCUGUACAACAUGCCCAUAGAUUAGAUAGCCCAGCUGCUUGAUAGUUACCCAGCAAUUGCUUGAAUAAACGAUUGUUUACAGA